AUGGCUGUUGUCAAUCUUCAUCAUCUUAAAUUUUUUCCACCUCACACUCGUUGUUCAGCGUUUACUCGCCAACUUGUAUCGCAGAAGAUCAGAAAUUCAUUCCUUUAUUCCCCAGUUCAUAUUAAUUGCUCGCUGUUUGUACCUUCUGCUUUGCCGAAUUCUAAAAAUCAUGCACCCGUCUCGUCUUUUAGUCAGUUGAUAGAGGGUUUGAUCAAUGGGGUGGAUUUAUCGGAAGCUGAAGCAGAGGCUUCUCUGGAUUUCUUGCUGAAUGGUGGUGAUGAAGCUUUGAUCAGUGCAUUUCUUGUGCUGUUAAGAGCAAAGGGAGAAACUUAUGAAGAAAUCUUGAGUUUGCUCCCAGUGGUUACCAGUUCAAGUCCUUCAGGGCCACUGAGAAGAAUGACAUUUAAGAUGAAAACUGGUUCUUCAUUUUCCUGUAUAUCCACCUCGCUUUGUUCACCUUUUCGAAGUAAAGCGGCUCCAAAGAUGAUCUCAAGGCUACAAUUGUUCGAGAGACAGCAAUGCGAUACAGACCAGUUGAGAAAUGUUAAAGUUGUUAAAUCAUGCCAGCUCAUAGAAAGGUUAUCAAAGAGGCGAUGUAUUCUCUUUGCUACAGCUGACGAUCAGCCAUACAGUGAGCUUGAACCUGAUGAUUUUGAGCAGGAAAUUCAAGUCCCUUCUGCUGAAGAUGCCUCCCCCACAAACAGUUCAUACUUCCAUGUUGAAGGAUCUGAAGGAAAACCAGGCUUUAUUUCAUUCUACGAUUGUCCUCGCCAGAAAGAAAAUGAAAUCUUGGUGUCUACUUCUGGGAAAAAUGAAAAUAGUCUGUUGUGGUUCGUCGGUCCCACUGUCCUUGUAGCCUCUUUCGUCUUUCCCUCACUUUAUUUGCGCAAGAUGCUCUCCACUAUAUUUGAGGACUCUCUAUUAACCGACUUUCUAAUAUUAUUCUUCACGGAGGCACUCUUUUACUGUGGAGUUGCUGUGUUCCUUCUCCUAAUAGACCAUUUGAGGAGACCUAUUGUUCCUGUAUCCACAGACAUAAACCUUACACCACAUUUGGGACACAGAAUCUCCUCUGUUGCUGUCUUGGUUCUUAGUCUUACAAUUCCGAUGGUGACUAUGGGUUUUGUUUGGCCGUGGACUGGCCCUGCAGCUUCUGCUACACUAGCUCCCUACCUUGUUGGUCUUGUUGUCCAGUUUGCAUUCGAGCAGUACACAAGAUAUAUUAUGUCUCCUUCGUGGCCUGCCAUUCCCGUUAUAUUUCAGGUUUAUAGAUUCCACCAGUUGAAUAGGGCAGCACAACUGGUAACGGCUCUCUCUUUCACAGUGAGAGGAGCGAAGAUGACGUCACAGAACCUGGCAAUAAACGGCUCAUUAAGUACACUACUGAAUGUCCUCCAGUUUCUUAGUGUCAUCUCUAUCUGGUCACUUGCAAGUUUUAUCGUGAGAUAUUUUCCAUCUCCCACCUCACCUGAACGGUAA